GCGCCUGCGCGGGGUUCGCAGUUGUGUGGAGGCGGCGGCCCGAGGGCUGCCGCUGUCAUCGGGGAGCGCGACCCUGCCCGCGGGCUGCUGGCCCUCCGCUCCGCUCCGCUCCAGCCGGGCCGGGGCCGCGGCCGCUGCUGGGCGCUCCGCUCCUCUGCCCCCGCCCGGGGCUCGGCACAGCCCACCCGGUGCCUCCUGCCGCCGCUUCUCUAAGGCGGGACCGUGCCCGCGCCCCCGCCGCGGGAUGAAGAGGAUCUUCGGGUUCGGGAGGAAGAGAAAGGGGCAGCCGCCCUCCGGCAGCGCCUCCCUGCCUUCCCCUGCCGGGGCCUAUGAGCUCCGGCAGAAGGAUCUGGGCAAGCUGCACCGCGGGGCCGCCAGCGGCGACCUGGCCCAGGUGCGGCAGGGGCUGAAGAAGUACGGCAUCGACGGGCGGGACAAGGCGGAGCGGACACCUCUGCAUCUCGCUUGUGCGAACGGCCAUGUGGAUGUUGUUACAUAUCUAGUAGAAAACAAGUGUAAGCUAAAUCUUUUUGACAGUGAUAACAGAUCACCACUGAUGAAGGCAGUACAGUGCCAGCAAGAAAAAUGUGUGGCUAUUCUGCUAGAGCAUGGUGCUGACCCGAAUCUGGCAGAUGUAGAUGGCAACACUGCCCUUCACCUUGCUGUCCUAUCUCCUAAUACAUCUGUAGCGGGGCUGUUAAUUGAGCAUAAUGCCAAUAUUGAUGCCCAGAAUAAGGAGGGAUAUACCCCACUUAUUCUUGCUAUCUCUGAACAUCAAGAAGAGAUGGCGGAGUUUCUUCUUAAGAAAGGAGCUGACGUGCAUGCUCGAGAUCAGUGUGAAAGAACCCCACUUAUGACUGCUGCUUCUGGUGGGGAGCUUAAGUUAAUAAAAGUUCUUCUUCGCUAUGGUGCUGAUGUUUCCCAUAAAGACACUAAUGGAUGGACAGCUGAGGAUUAUGCUGUUAUUCAUGGAUAUUCUAGUCUUAGUAAACAACUGGCAGACUACGCAGACUGGGAAAACACAGGAGAAGCUUCUGCAGAUGGUGCACAAGGCACCAUCACGGUAUUUAGCACUCCUAACCGGGCAGGAGCUGCUGGCUUUACAUUGGGUGCACCAGCUGUGGACAGAGGAGCAAUAGAUGACUUUUCCCAAGGAGACUCAAUAAGAAGCUCUGAGAAGGAGGGGAGUGAUGACAGUUGGCAUACUUCAGAGGAAGAAGAACUUGAUUUUGCCCCCAAGAAGCUGCAGAAGCCAAACUUGACACUGUUAAUGAAUGCUUCCCAGCAGUUCAGGAGAAACAAUUGUGGUGAUGGUUCUAGAAUUGAAAGUCCUAAGUCACCAAAGAAAAGCCUCAAACAAAGAAUCCCAUCACAUGCAAACCUGAACAAAGGGGAUUGUGGACAACUGUUGAACCAAGAUGUCUCAGAUGCAAGCAACCUGGAGGAAGAAGAAUUGGAGGAGGAGGAAGAUGAUGAAAAUGACAAUGGAGAAGAUGAUGAAGAUUAUGAGGAGGAAGAGGAAGAAGAAGAGGAAGUUCUUACUCAAGAUGAAAAGGAGGAGGAAGAUCUGGAAGAUGAAGAAACUCAAUCUAAUAUCAUACUGGAGGAGGAGCAGGGGAUAAAAACAGAACCUAGAGGGGAAAUUAAUCAGAAAUUGGAGUAUUUUAGUAACACUAAGUAUGAAGUGGAAGCUCAGUGUGGAACUGGAGAUGUCUGUGAUGAUGAUCAUAGAAUAAGUCAAGAACUCGAUGAAAAGGUGGAGGAACCUAUUGAUACUCCUGUGACUUUUAUAGCUGGGUGUUAUGAAAAGUUACAAGAAAAUAUAACAACCAUGUCUCCAAAGAUAAUGAAUAAUGAAGUAUCUUGCAAGUCAGUACCAAAACAAGCUGUCUUUCAAAAUCUAAAUAAUUUGCAAGAUACACAAGGAAGCUGGAACAGGAAAAGUAUGACUCAGGAGAAGUUUCACAGAAAUGCUGACUCCUGUUUUGCAGACUCUGAAAUGAAAAAAGAGAUGCCUCAGCUUUUCUCAGGUAGUUGUCUUAAGGAGAAGAAGCCAAGCUUUGGUGAUGGCUUUGAAAGUGGUAAUAAUUCUUGGGCAAAAAACCCAAAGCUUGAAAGUCAAAAAAUGAACUCUGUCAUUCUUGAACAUGUAGAUGAUGAAGAUACUGAAGAAGAGCAAUAUGAAGAAGUAGAUGAUAAAGUCUGUGAAGCACUGAAACAAGAAAGUGAAAACUUGCACUUAAAUAGGCAUGAAGAAAAUUUAAAAGCAGCAUUUCACUCAAGCACCAGAGAAGAAUCACCUGAAUGGGAAGAAGAGGAGGAGGAGCAAAAGAAGGAAUACACUGGUGAAGAUCUACAAACUGCAGUUGUUGAGGGUGUGAAAAACUCUGUUUGUAAUGAUAGCCAGCAAGUCCACAAUUCUUCAAAAGACAAUGCUGGUGCCCUGCCAGCAGUGGGAUCAGAGGAAGAGGAAGAUGCUGAAUCUCCCUGGGAUUCUGAGAUUAUACAGACGGAUUCUGAAAGCAUAAGAAAAGUAUCAUCUGAUGUGUUACUCACAGCUGCAGAGAGACAUGGAGCAUGCUCACAGAUUGUUUCAGGGGGACAUGGCAAUGGCUUCUUGGAGAAACCAAACGAUUCCCAGCUGAAGACUCCCAAAUCGGUUUUGGAAAUGAAUGAAACCUCUCCUAAAAGCCAGCAGCAGAAAACAGAUCUAUUGGAGGAGUUUGGUUUAGGAGAUGCAGAGGAUAUUGAAGGUGAGUUCUCAGGAUCUACCUUUCAUAUGUCAUCAUCAGCUGAAAAAGAAGAUAUCAAGGAUGCCAUUGAAAACUAUGGGGUGCAGGUUGAGAAGGAAAAAAACAAAGAAAGAUGUUUCAAAAUGCAGGCGGUGGCAAAACAGGAAGAUCUUGAUAAAUUAAGUACACCAGCAGGCAACGUUACUAAUCAGCAAAUGAAACAAAAGCUUACUCUAAGGAAGAAUGACUCUUUCAAAAUGGAGGAUGAAAACACUGUAGAAGAAGACAAAAAGAAUUUUUCAUCUGAGGAGAGAUCAAAAUCGAUUAAAAUGCCAAUGAAAGGUAAAUUUGCCCUGAAUGCCAAAGUUGCAAGGAAAAACAAAAGACAGACUUCAAAGCGUAAAGUUAAUCAGCAGAUGAGCUCUUCCAGUGGGAAUAAUUUUCAAAUGCUGGAUGACAGCACUUUCAGUGAAACAUCUCAAGAUGAAGGAAGACCUGCAGCAAAAACGGGGAGUGAAAAGAACAAGGUCACACAAAUGGAUGUAACUGGUGACCUUGAUUUAACCCACUCAUCUGACACAACUUCAGAGGAUGUUGAAUUACCAACUUCAACCUACAAAGAGGCUAUGUUGCUCUUAGAACAGCUUAGUGUGGAUCAUACGGGUUCUGCUAUUUUGUUGAAAAUUCAAAAUAUACUUCUUGAAUAUGAACAGAUAAUAGAACGUGAGAAAAAUCGGUAUACAGCUGUCUGGAGAGAAGUAAGGAAACUGGAAAGUGAGAAGGAAGAGUCACAAUUAAUAGCGGAAGAGACUCAAGAUUUGAAAUCCAUAUUGGCUCACCAAGAAGUAGAAUGGAAAAGUGAUAUCCAAAGCCUUAAAUUUACUUUGAAACAAGAAGAGGAAAAGAGGCUCAGAAUAGAAACACUAUAUGAGAAAACAAGAGAAAAACUCAGAAGCAAAGAAGAUCAAUAUUGUAAAGAGAUGGAGGAGAAACAGCAACUUGAGUUACACUCAAGGAAUUUAGAAAUGGAGUUAAUAACACUGAGAAAGCUCUUGAAACAGGUUGAAGAAGAGCGUGAUGAAACACAGAGACAGCUUUCUCAGGAAAAGAGUGCCAGAGCCCUGCAAGAAGGAAUUUUGAACAACCACCUUUGGAGACAGAAGGAACUAGAAGAAGAGACAAGAAGAACUAUAGGAAAAAAUUCAGAGGAAUCCGACACUGAGAGAGAAAAGGAUCUGUUGUUCAGAAAUCAGUUACUACAAGAUGAGAUUGCUAUGCUAAGACUAGAACUUGAUCAAGUAAGACUUAGGCACCAGGAGGAAGAAGGAAAAUAUUUAGAGGAAAAUGAGACCUUGAAAGAAAAAAAUGAAGAUCUCAAAAAGGAACUUAAACUGAAUGAGGAAGCCUUAACACAAACAGUUUUUCAGUACAAUGGGCAGCUGAACUUACUAAAGACAGAAUCUGCAGUGCUAACUUCCAAACUUGAGCAGACAAAAGAAAGCAAAGACAGACUAGAGACAGAAAUUGAAUCAUUUCGUUCCCGCCUGAACACUACUGUCCAAGAACUUGAACGUCAUCAGUCAUCAAAAAAUGAUGUUGAACGAACAUUUCAGAGAGAACGUGAUGAAUGGCUUCGCUUGCAAGACAAGCUUCAUCAUGACCUCUCUGAUGUGCGAGAAACCAACAAGAGCUUGUCUCAGCAGUUGAGUAAAGCUGAAAGCAAAGCUAAUAGUCUAGAAAACGAGCUUCACCAGUUGAAACAAAUGCUCAGAGAAAAAACAUUGCUUUUAGAAAUGACCCAAAAAGAAUUAAGUCAAGCCCAGUGUCAGGCAAAGGAAUGCGAUCAUGCUCGACAACUUGAGAAAGAUCAAGUAAGCAAAUUUAUAAUAAAGCAGGAAUCCAUGCAGGAGCGAUUGGCCCAGCUCCAGAGUGAAAAUCUUUUACUCCGUCAGCAACUGGAAGAUAUGCAGAACAAGGGAAUAAUCAAAGAAAAAGUAGUGAAUGAUGUGCAGGACCGGUUUAAUGAUAUUUUCAACAAACUCAGAGCUGAUACUGAAAAGCAAGUUUACCUAGUGGAAGAGAGAAACAAGGAAUUAAAUGCCAAGUGUGCUGAUUUAAGAGAACAAGUCUUUAAACAUGAGACUGACAAAGUAGAAAGAGAGGGCAUGAUCAGGCAGCUACAGCAGGAGCUUGCUGAUGCUCUUAAAAAGCAAUCUAUGUCAGAAGCUUCACUUGAAGUUACUACACGCUACCGCAGUGACCUGGAGGAAGACAAAAUGCGCUUGCAAAAGGAAUUGGAGAAGGUUAAAACCAAGCUGCAGCAGCUGGAAGAACAGCAUCUUCAGUCCGAGCGUUGUGUUCAUGACUUGCAGACGGCCUUGGAUAAUAAGGAAAGAGAAGUAAUAGCUUCGUCCCAGAAACUGCAGGACCUCCUGUUGGCAUCUUCUGGGACUAACACCACUGUAAAACAACUGGAGGAACACGUGCAACGCCUUGAAAUUGAAAAUGCCAGAUUGGAAGCCACAGUCCAGCAACAAAGCAAUAGGAUUGAAGCCCUUCAGAGAGACCUGCAAGCCUCUGCCUCAGUUCAUAACCGGCUGGAAGACUUGAUAACUGGCUUACAGACAACACAGGCAGCUGCAGAGGACCAGCACCGGCAGCAGGUGCAAAAGCAGAACAUGCUGGCUCUGACAUCAAAGGAAUUGCACAGCAUGUGGGAAGAGCAGUUGAAGUCAAGAUCCCAUCUUGAAGAGCGAGUUGCUCAGCUUGACAGAGAAAAGGCUGAACUCUUGGAACAGUGUGAGGGUGAAAGAAAGAAAGUGAAGAAGCUGGUAGAGUUGAAACGCCCAGUUGAACUGCGUCUGGACCAAGAAAUGAAAAGAAACAUCGAACUGCAGAAAGACUGUAAGAGGUUGAAGAGGCUUCUGAACAGAGCUAUGAAGAAACUAAGAGUGUAUGAAGAGAGAGAGAGAGAGUCCCAGCUUCAUUUGCAGGGAGAAAUGAAGAACAGGUAUUCUGAAAUGGUCAAUGAAGUUGGUAGAUUAAGAACAAAGGUUGGUGAACUUUCCCAGCAGCUGGAGAUAGAGUCUAAAAGAUGCAUGCAGCUAGAAGCACAAAAUCAGGAUUUGAAAGAAGAGUUGUCUACCAUGCGUGGGAACCAUGAAAAACUGGAGAAGAGCAAAUGCCAGCUGAAAGAAGAGGUGGCUAACCUCAAGCAUCAUUUGGAGACUAACAUGGUGGAUCACAGCCAAAUAGAACAAUACAAAAGAGAGAUGGAAGAACGAGCCGGACAAGAAAUAAGACAAAAAUUACAAGAAGUCAAUCUAUUUUUGCAGACACAGGCAGCCUCCCAGGACAGAUUAGAACAAAUCAGAGCCAGUCAUCAUGCUUCACUGAGAAACCAGCUAAAACACAGAAUUAGAGAUCUCGAAUGUGAAUUGGACAGGAUAAAAAAUACCCAUCAAGACAGUAUUUUUCAAAAAGAAUCCACACAGGCAGAAGUGGAAAGGUACAAAGAACUGUAUCUGGAGGAAGUAAAAAUUAGAAGAUGCCUAGCAAAUAAACUGGAAAGAGCUAAUGAGAGACUAGCAGAAGCCAACGCUAAGCUCCUUCAGGAGCGCCAUAGAAGCAAAUCUUUAAUUGCAAGCAGCAUUGUCAGUGGAGGUCUGGCUGCAAGUCCAGUUCUGUAUUCAACUGAACUGGGGCAUCUUGGCAACAAUUUGGCACUGAACAGAAGUCUGAGUCUAGGAGGAAGCUUCCUAAGCCCAGCUGGGAAUGCAUUAUCAUCAAGAAACAAGGUUGAAGCCUAUGUGGCUAAGGUACGGCGUGAACUGGAUGAAAGAAUCACUAAAGAACUUGAACAGGCCACUGCUGAACUUGAAACUGGAUCUGCUGGGGCUUCUCCCAUGGUAUCUACUGACGGCUCUUCAAAAAAUUUCCAUGUUGACCAGGAUCCCCUUUGCAGGGCAAUACAGGAGUACCGUGAUGUCUUAACAAAAAAUUACCUGAUUUGAACAAAAUGCUAGGGAAAGGCUUUGGAAAUCAUUUUGUUUACAUAGUGCAUCUAUGGUUUCCCAUUCCACGGUUCAGAUGCGAAAAUGUGUUUAUUGCACUCGGAAUAUAAAUUCUUUUAAAUGGAUGUCAAGCACAUUGCACUUACCUAUCGGUUUUUUGAUGCAUAAUUGUUUUAUUUUGCACUCAAAAUAAGAACCACGUCUAUUUUUCUGACUAGCAGACCGACUAAUCUUGAUUCUUGAGCUUUUCAGAACUGUCAAAAUGUUUCUUACUGAGGUAGAUGCAUUAUUUUGCUCUACUUACGUCCUGUGUUUUAACAAAAGCAUUCCCUUUGAUCUGUUUAAUCCUUUCACUCUGUGUUUUUAAUGUUUCCAGUGUUUAAUGCUUAGGACGUUAUUCGAUGUGCUUUGAGCCCGCUGCUUCAGUGCUGAUGCAGUGAGUAUUUCUGCUGAUACAGUGGAAGUUUUACCAGUGUUCGUGCUGGAGAAUAGGGCACUUUACAUUGCUGUCACUUGAUGUGCCUUAGGCUUAAAAAUACUGUGAGUGUAUAGUAGUGCCAAGACAGUUGUUGUAUGUGAUCUUUUUGGUAUGUUUGUUUUGUAUCACAGAACCACAGAAUGGGUUGAGGUUGGCAGGGACCUCUGGCGGUCAUCUGGUCCAACCCCCCUGCUCAAGGACGACCAGCUAGGGCAGGUUGCCCAGGACCGUGUUGGCUUUUGAGUAUCUCCAAGGAUAGAGACUCCGUAGCCUCCAUGGGCAACCUGUGCUAGUGCUCAGUCGCCCUCACAGUGAAGAAGUGUUUCCUGAUGUUCAGAUGGAACUUUCAGUGUUUCAGUUUGUGCCCAUCACCUCUCACAGUAUUCGUGUUGAUUUUUGUAUUAAAAGUUGCUGCAGCUUUAGACGUUUGCAGUUCCUACGUCAACACCUGCGGUGCAUCUGAAACACUUCAUAUGGGGGAAAAAUGUAUGUUAAUAUAUCAACCUUCAUUCUCCUCAGUACUUUCUAAAACUUGUGUGAAAGGAUAGCCUGUCUUUUCGUUGCUGCUAGCAGCUGACGAUGUGGUGACUGUAGCCCAGAUGUUGGCCAGUGUUGUAAGACCUGUAUGUCAAUAAAACAAGCAGUUUUAGUUAUUUCAGGGAGUUGCCUGAUGUUACUGUAGAUCUGCAGUUGGCAUUUUGUGUCUGCAAAAGCCACUAGCAGUGAGAAGAUUAUAGAACAAAGUCCCAAUUCUGGAAAAGUAAGAUUGGUCAUACUGCGAUGAAUUAAAACUGGAAAAUUUUGGGGGUUUUACCUGGUAAUUCAAGGACUUCAGUUAACAGGCAGCGAGGAUAGCAAUGCUGCUGUGACACUAUUCCUUUUUAUAUUAAUAAAUUUUUGUGAAGUUAAUCCACUAUUUAAUUCCCGAUAUUCUGUUCCAACUUGAUACUUAAUAAACUUUGUAACCUAGUA